AUGCAGCGCAUAGUGGAGACACAAAGUGAGACGCAGGAGGACUCCAGUCAGGAGGCAGCCCACAGUACUGGAGACCUCUCAGCACCUGUUUCAUCCCAAAAUCACAGGAGGAACUCUCCUAACACUACCUCAUGCACCCAACCUACGGGAGAGAAAGUGAAAUUGCCCCCAGCUAACAACAGCACAUCAUGGAACAAACUUGACGUGGACCUGGAAAAAGUUCUUGAGACUACGUUUGCAGGAUCAGCUGAGAGGAAAAUCGACUGUUUGACAACCAUCAUCUUCACCAUGGCCAGAGAAUGCUUCAGCACAGAAGAGAGGAAAGAUAGCAGUGGAACCCCUGGCAAACAGCUGAUUAGGAGGGCUAAAGAGAUCUCGCAUUUGAGACGAGAGAUCAAGACUCUCAAUAAGCAGUUCAAAAGAGCAAGCUCCAAGGAAAAGGAGGGCAUAAAAGAUCUGACCAGUGGACUCCGAGGGCAACUCUGCAGACUGAGAAGAGCAGAAAGGUCUCUGAAACUGAGGAAGGAAAAGGAGGUCAAGGGAGAUCAGUUCAUCAAAGACCCAUACAGCUCUAAGGAAGUCGUGGAGGAGUUCCUCAAAGAGAGUCAUAGUGACGCUUUCAGGAACCAAGCCUGGAGCACAUACCCUAAGAUCAGCAGAACAGAAACUUCUGAGGAAGAGCUUGAUAACAGUGAAUCAACAUGGAGUGAAAUCAAGGACAUAGUGCAGAAAGCCUGAUCAGCAUCUGCCCCAGGACCAAGUGCUAUACCUUACAAAGUAUACAAGAGAUGCCCAAUGCUCCUCCGCAGGCUCUGGAAACUGUUGCGGAGGAUAUGGACAAAAGGCAUCAUUCCGUCGGCAAGAGCAGAAGGGUGUUUUGUAACCAAGGAAAUUGACUCCUCCGACAUCAACCAGUUUCGAACCAUUUCUCUCCUAAGUGUCGAAUGCAAGAUAUUCUUUUCUGUCCUGGCAAAAAGGAUGACCACGUACAUGGGGAAGAACAGAUAUGUUGACACAUCAGUCCAGAAAGGCAGCAUCCCAGGCUUCUCUGGGUGCUUGGAACAUACUGGAGUCCUCAAUCAGCUGAUCCGGGAGGCUAAGGAGAGCAAAGGAACGACAGUUGACUGGCUCGACUUGGCCAACGCAAUCCCUCGCAACCUCAAUGUAGCUAUGGAACACUACCAUAUACCCCACCACAUUAGGGGAAGAUCUCCAGCUACUUCGGAGGAUUCAACGGCAGGAAAGGAGUCCAGAGGGCCAUUAAUGGAGUCCGGCUGCCACUUGCAUCCAAUCAGAGGCUUUAUGGAUGACCUCACCAUAACAACUUCAACCCAUGUGCAAGCAAGAAGGAUCCUGAAGGCACUCAGUGACGUUACGACCUGGGCUCGAAUGCAGUUCAAGCCAAGGAAAUCAAGGAGCAUGGUGAUCAGAAAUGGAAGAGUGACAAGCAAGUUCCAGCUACAAGUUCAGGGGGAGGCUAUACCAUCAAUUGAGGAAAACCCAAUAAAGUGCCUAGGGAAGUGGUAUGACGCAUCUCACAGGAGCAACGUUUCCAGGACUGAGAAACAGGCAGACGAAUGGCUGAGAAAGAUCGAGAGGUCAGGAUUACCAGGAAAGUACACGGCCUGGCUCUUCCAGCACGGUCUGCUACCAAGACUGAUGUGGCUACUGACAAUCUAUGACGUGCCCAUGACAGCGAUGGAAGGAGUCGAGAAGCGAGUGAACAAACAUCUUCGCAAGUGGCUCAGAAUCCCGCCAAGCUUCACGUCAGUAGGGCUAUACAUCAGGUCUGGCCUGUUACAACUACCCCUAUCAACAGUGGUUGAAGAGUUCAAGGUGGCUAAGUGCAGGGUCGCCAUGAUGUACCAAGAUUCCAACGAUGAAAAGGUCAAAUGCUAUGUGGAGGGAGAGGAACCAUUGCGCACGUACCACGUACUGGUGGGAUGCAAGACUGCUCUUAUCCAGGGAAGAUACAGAUGGCAUCACGACAAGGUCCCCUGUGCACUGGCCGACAUCUUGGAGCGGGAGAGACUGAGAAAGCAGCAGACCAACGAGAGACCUACACCAUCCAUGCAGUUCAUCAGGGAAGGGCAGAAACCACCAGCCCCCAAGAAGACCAAGAAGGGCCUUUUCCAAGCAGCACAAUCAUGGAAGAUGAGAGUGGACCUGGGAAGAAGACUAGUCUUCCCCCAGUUUGUUCAAACAUCGCUGAGGCCCCGCUUGGUCUUAUGGUCAGAGGAGUCAACAAAGAUCAUCCUGAUCGAACUGACGGUCCCUUGGGAAGAUGGUUGCGAGGAGGCGUGUGACAGGAAGGCCUCCAAGUACCAGGACCUUGUCCAGCAGUGCAGGAACAAGGGAUGGCAGGCCUGCCUAUUCCCAGUUGAGGUCGGGUGCAGGGGUUUCCCGGCACAGUCUGUGUGGAAGACACUUGCAGUGCUGGGAGUAGCAGGAAGGGAUAGGAAGACAGCUGUCCAUAGGUUGGGGGAGGCAGCGGAACAGAGCAUCUUGUUGGCUCUGGAAUAG